AUGCCUCCCCGCCAGGAGAACGCCACCGGGCCCGACGUCGUGGCCAUGGGCGCCGACGAAAUCCGCCGCAUGUCCGUGAGCAAUACUCACCUCCAGGACCUGGCCCGAGACGCCGCCAAUGCCACCCAUGCCGAGCAGAAAAUGAGCCUUUGGCAAGGGCUCAAGACUUACCCCUACGCUGUGGGCUGGUCCGUCUUUUUGUCCACCUGCAUUGUCAUGGAGGGGUUCGACAAGGUUCUGAUCAACAACCUGUAUGCAUACGCGCCGUUCCAAAAGGCCUUUGGCGUGCAGCUGCCCGAUGGGACCUAUCAGCUCACUGCCGCGUGGCAGUCGGCCCUCAGCAACGCCUCCCUGAUUGGUGAGAUCUUGGGUCUCUUGGUCAACGGCAUUGCGGCCGAGCGGUUCGGAUACAGAAAGACCAUGAUCACCGCUCUGGCCGCCGUCAUCGCUUUCAUCUUCGUCGUCUUCUUCUCUGAGCACAUCGUCACUCUACUCAUUGGCCAGAUCCUUUGCGGGAUCCCGUGGGGCGUGUUCCAGACCAUCACCACCACCUACGCCGCCGAGGUGUGCCCCGUUGCCCUCCGCGGGUACUUGACCACCUACAUCAACCUUUGCUGGGUCCUUGGACAGUUGAUCGCGUCGUCGGUGCUCCGCGGCAUGCUCGGCCGGAGCGACAAGUGGGGCUACAAGAUCCCGUUUGCGCUGCAGUGGAUGUGGCCGAUUCCGAUCAUAAUCGGGCUGUGCUACGCUCCCGAGUCCCCGUGGUGGCUCAUCCGCAAGGAGCGCCGCGACGAUGCCAAAAAGGCGCUGCUCCGCCUCACAUCGUCGGCCAAGGACCCCAACUUCAACGCCGACGAGACGGUGGCCAUGAUGGAGCUGACCAACGAGCUCGAGAAGGCGCACUCGGCCGGCACCUCGUACAAGGACUGCUUCUCCAAGACGGACCUCCGGCGCACCGAGGCCGUCACCCUCACCUGGGCGAUCCAGACGCUCUGCGGCGCCAGCAGCUUCAUGGGCUUCUCGACCUACUUCUACCAGCAAGCCGGCAUGAGCACCGAGCACAGCUUCACCAUGUCCAUGGCGCAGUACGCGCUCGGGGCGCUGGGCACCGUCUCGUCGUGGGCGCUCAUGGGCUGGUUCGGGCGGCGCACGCUGUACUUUGCCGGGCAGGUGGGCAUGUUCGUGAUGCUGGCCGUCAUCGGGUGCCUGGGCAUCGUGUCGCGCAGCAACAGCGCGGCGCAGUGGGCCAUCGGCAGCUGCCUGCUCGUGUACACGUUCAUCUACGACGCCACCGUCGGCCCCGUCUGCUACUCGCUCGUGUCGGAGCUCAGCUCCAACCGGCUGCGCGCCAAGACGGUCGUGCUGGCCCGCAUCCUGUACAACCUGACCGGCCUCGUCACCAACAUCCUCACCCCCCGCAUGCUCAACCCGUCCGCCUGGAACUGGGGCGCCAAGGCGGGCUUCUUUUGGGCGGCGUCGUGCGGGCUGUGCGCCGUGUGGACCUACUUCCGCCUGCCCGAGCCCAAGGGCCGCACGUAUGCGGAGCUGGAUGUCUUGUUCGAGAAGAAGGUUUCGGCGCGCAAGUUCAAGACCACGGUCGUCGAUCAGUUUGUGGGUGCGGGGAGGUCCACGAGCAGCUCGACCAUCGACAAGGACGAGGUGAAGGUGCACGUCGAAAAGGUCGGACACGCAUAA